AUGGUAAUAGUUUUUAUUGACAAUCCAGAAGUACCAUAUCGUAAUGAACAAAUGAAAAUUAAAAAAAUAUCGACGAACAUCAGAACAGAAUACACUUUUAGAUCAAUUGGUGGACAAUUUACAACAGUUGAAGGAAUCCUUACAACAUUAAAAUCUCCAUUAACAACUAUUAUUAUACCAUAUAGUAGUGGAGACAGUGAGAAAUUAAAUAGUGACCAGAAUCAAAGGACAUCAUUUCUUAAUGAUAUUUCAGCGAUACUUGCUGGAGACAAAUUUGUUACAAUUGCUUUAGAUGAUCCAGCUAGUAAUUGUUAUUUACAAAAUAUUUGUGCACCUGAACCUGAUCCACAAUAA